UUUGAUCCUGUACAGAGCAGCAAACAGAGAGGAACCCACUUUAGUAAGAAAAAAUGACGAAGCUCCGCUUACCAUCAAAACCUGCGGUUUUGUUCCGGCAGUUACCAGUAUUUUGCAUAAUGAUGAUGGCAAUGCUAAAUAGUUUAAGUCACUCCAAGUGUGAAUUUGAGGCAAUCUUCAACUUUGGUGACUCCAAUUCUGAUACCGGAGGCUUUUGGGCAGCAUUUCCAGCGCAGUCAGGUCCUUUUGGCAUGACCUACUUCAAGAAACCGUCUGGUCGGGCUUCUGAUGGCAGGCUAAUUGUUGAUUUCUUAGCUCAAGCUCUUGGAUUUCCAUUCCUGAGUCCAUACCUGCAAUCAAUUGGAUCUGAUUACAGACAUGGGGCCAACUAUGCAACAUUGGCCUCUACUGUGCUCAUGCCGAACACUUCACUGUUUGUUAGUGGUCUCAGCCCUUUUUUCCUUGCCAUACAGCUUAACCAAAUGAAGGAAUUCAAAGUUAAAGUCGAAGAAUUUCAUUCCACUAAUGAAAGAGGAUCGAGUACUCUUCCAUCCCCACAUAUUUUCAAAAGAUCUAUCUACACAUUAUUUAUUGGUCAGAAUGAUUUCACUUCUAAUUUAGCAGCUGUUGGUAUAAGUGGAGUCAAGCAGUAUCUUCCUCAAGUAGUUUCACAAAUUGCUGGCACUAUAAAAGAGCUAUAUGGAUUAGGAGGGCGUACAUUUCUGGUGCUGAAUCUUGCACCAGUAGGCUGUUAUCCUUCACUGCUGGUAGGUCAUCCUCGCAGCAGCGACCUCGACGCCUUUGGUUGCUUAAUCUCUUACAACAACGCAGUGAUGGACUACAAUAACAUGUUGAAACAGACACUAACCGAAACAAGAAAGACACUUCCAAAUGCUUCCCUUGUAUAUAUAGACAUCCAUGCUGUUCUGCUAGACCUGUUCCAGCAUCCCACUUCUCAUGGGCUUAAAUACGGUAUUAAAGCAUGUUGUGGACAUGGAGGAGGUGCCUACAACUUUGAUUCUCAAGUUUAUUGUGGAAAUACUAAAGUUAUCAAUGGAAGUAAAGUAACAGCUGCAGCUUGUGAUGAUCCCUACAAUUAUGUAAGUUGGGAUGGAAUCCAUGCAACAGAAGCAGCAAACAAAAUUAUUGCAAUGGCCAUCCUCAGUGGCUCUUAUUCUGACCCCCCUUUCUCCUUCCAGCACUGUCGCCUCCACCCUAUCCAUUGAUGGGAUUCAUAUUAAUUUCAGAAGCAACAAGGGAAUGUUAGUAUGCCCUAAUUUUAGGAAUUAAUAACAAACAGAGAAUAUUAGCUUAUUAAUACCUUUUCUCUGGGAUUCUGUUUCUAGUUAAAGAUCAUCUGUCAAUCUCAGAACAUUGGCUAUCUUUAAUUAUAAGACUGCAGUUAUUGAAAUUCUGACAAAA